CAGCUCCUGCGGGGAAGGGGUGGGGCACGUAUGGGCCGAGGUGUGACCCCAGAGACCCCUCCAUAGGUUAAUCCUCCCCGGGACACGCCUCUGGGCGGGGCCGCCUGCAGACCCCGCCUUAAUAGGCAGGGUUUAAUUACCGGGCACACUUUUUAUGGACGGGGCCGCAUCCUGGACACACCCCUGGGCGGGGCGGCCCCGCCGGGGAAACGAAACUGAAACAUGCAGGGAUAUUUGUCACCCCCGCACCGGAGACCCUCCACCUCGGUACUGCUUCCCUCGCACCCCGCCACUGGGACUCCCUCACCAGGCACUGACAUCCCCCAGCGCGGCUUCUCUCGCGCCCCGGGUCGGAGCCGGCCAGAUCUCCCGGCGCCCGCUGGACACGCAGGGAGCGACCCGCCGGGCAGCCAGCAUGCCCACCGAGACGCUCUGGCUGCCUCUGGCGUGGCUGGUGGCCACAGCCAUGGUCACUGUCACCCCGGUGCUCGCUCUGGAGGCCUCUCCCAGCUGGAUGACACUGCUCAGAGAGCCCCCGACACCAUCUGUGCCCCCUGUGCCCCCUGCUCUUAGCCCGGCUCCCUCACAGGACGUGGGGGCCCCCGUGCUGCCCGUGCCCACCCCCAGUGCUCACCCCGAGGAGCUGCCUGGCUGGGAUGUCACGGAUGUCCCCAGCCCCACAGCGCCGGAGGGGACACUGGAGUGGCUGGACACCACAGCAAAUGAAACCACGGCAGUGCCCACGCCUGGCACCAGCGCUCCGCCGUGCCCUGGUGACGAGGAGCCGACCGACACCUGCGGGGAGCCCACGGGGGAGCAGCGGGCUGCCGUGGCCGAGGCUCUGGUCACCUUUGCCCUCCGCUUCUACCAGCGCAUGGCAGAGGCCGCCCAGCCCGACGCCAACCUGCUCUUCUCCCCCAUCAACGUGGCCGUGGGGCUCUCGCACCUGCUGCUGGGUGCCCGCGGAGAAACCCAGGAGCGUCUGGCCGCCCUCCUGGCGUACCCGCAGGGGCUGCACUGCGUGCACGGCGCCCUGCAGCGGCUGGCCAGCGCGCCAGGCCUCUUCUCGGCCGCCCAGAUCUUCCACCACCCAGAGCUGCAGCUGCGGCCCCGCUUCCUCAACGACUCGCUGCGCUUCUACGGCGCCCGCCCGUACGCCCUGAGCGGCAACGAGAGCCUGGACCUGCAGCGCAUCAACGCCUGGGUGCGGGACGCCAGCAAGGGUCUGCUGCCCUCGCUGCUUUCCACGCUGCCCCCCGAGCCCCGCCUGCUGCUGCUCAGCGCCGUCCACCUGCGCGCCGCCUGGCGCACGCCGCUGGACCGCAAGAAGACGGUGCUGCUGCCCUUCCUGCGGCCCGGGCAGCGCCCCCGCAAGGUGCCCACCAUGACCAGCGCCAAGUACCCGGUGGCCUCCUUCACCGACUCCCGCCUGCAGGCCCAGGUGGGGCGGCUGGAGCUGAACGGGGGGCUGAGCCUCGUGGUGCUGAUGCCGCGGGGGCCCCUGGAGCCUCUGGAGACCCUGGAGCGGGCGCUGGACCCCGCCACCUUCCUGGCGCUGCUACGGCGGGCGGCCCGCACCCCGCCCCGGGCCACCGCGCUGUCCCUGCCCCGCCUGCGCCUCGACCUCGCCCUGGACGUGGUGCCUCUGGUCCACGACAUGGACUUCGGGCUGUUCCUGGACGCGGAGCUGUGCGGGCUGGCGCGGGGCUCGGCCGCGGUGGACUCGGCGCGGCACCGGGCGGUGCUGGCGCUGGACGAGGCCGGCGUGGAGGCGGCGGCGGCCAUGGCCACCUCGGUGGCGCGCUCGGCCCUGGUGCUGGAGGCCCUGCGCCCCUUCCUCUUCGUCCUCUGGCACGACACCGGCAACUUCCCCGUCUUCAUGGGCCGUCUCAGCGACCCCCAGCCCUGAGUCUGCGGCUCCUGUCCCUGUCCUCCCUCCUCCCACCCCUCCAUCCUUCCCUCCCGCCUCCUCCUCUCCCUCCUCCCUCCAUCCCUGCCUCCUCCUCUCCCUGCUUCCCUCCUUACCUCUCUCC